UACUCACAAUGAUUCUAUGAUGACGAAAUUAGGGAAGAUAUCUAGAUAAUGAAUCGAGAAUUUGUAUACAAUCAUCAAGGAACACAACCUAGUACAUGGUCCAGAAUUACACGUAUCCUAAACAGGUGGAUAUGGGGGAUGUUGUGUUGUGGUAUACCCGGUGUGCCGUGCUAUUUCUGUACUUGCUGCCAGAGAAUGGACGACGUUGCGUUGCAGCGUGAUCGGUCGAGAAUUAACCAGUCGACAGCGACAGCAGAUCGUAUGUCGCGACCUCAUCGACCGCACGCGCCGCGAAGUCGCAAGUCCACGCCUGAGAUGCUGUCCGCGGUCAGGUGCGCCCUCUCACAGCUGCAAGGGGAGCCAGCGCCGCCUGUCACCAGGGCUGAUGAUCUACAGACCCCGGAGCCUGGUUGAGUGACCGGCCCAUUCUGGUGAAGCAUAAUGUAUUGGCGUAACUGACGACUGUAUAAUUUUUUAUAAAAAAAAUACAAAUAUGCCCGCGACCACAUUCCCAAAUGGGGUAUUUAGAAGCAUUUGUCGGCUGCAGCAGUUUUUAUAAUUGUAUAGACUUCUAUUAUUGAACAUUUUUAUAACAGAAAUAUAUUUUUAUUACGAAACAGAACGAUUU